AGAGGGUAAAAAAAGAAAAAAACUGAUCUCCGCCGAACUUUUUCUCUCGCCGGCGUUUAGACAGUCGUCGUUAUUGUUACAGCCCCUACCAGUUAAAAAUCAAAGAGCAAAAAUCUUUGGAUCUUCAGUCCAUUAUUUAUAUAAUAUAAUAAUUUCUGUAAGAUCGAUCUGUGAAUAAAAAAAUAGAGGCAAUGGUUGCCAGCGUAACGUGUAUCAGUAGUAGUGCAGAUGUAUUUGGUCACGACUAAGUCCCCCUUCCUUCCUCGUCUCUUCUUAUUCUCCUCCUCCUCCUUCUCUCUCAAAUGUUCAUGACAAAGUUUGCGUAACACGACCACCACAUUUGAUCUCGUCAUCAAAUAUUUGUUAAAUUGAAGAAACCGUUUGCUUCUUCUUUAAUCUCCAGAAGAUCUGAACCUCAAACCUUCCUCUGCUACAAACUCUCAGGGAUCUGCCGGCUAGAAAAGCCAGGUGGAUUUAUUAGACAAUGGCGUCUAAUAAUCACUUCACUAACAGUCGAUCUAACCUAUCAACAAACUCUGACGCUGCUGAAGCCGUGAGGAACCACCAGCAGCAGCAGCCACCUGGCGUGACAUUCGCUCGAAGAACAUCCUCUGGACGCUACGUCAACUACUCGAGAGAUGACCUCGACAGCGAGCUCGGAAGCGUUGAUUUCACAAACUACACGGUCCACAUCCCCCCGACUCCAGACAACCAGCCCAUGGAUCCCUCCAUCUCUCAGAAGGUCGAGGAGCAGUACGUGUCAAGCUCCCUGUUCACUGGCGGCUUCAACAGCGUCACUCGUGCUCAUCUCAUGGACAAGGUGAUUGACUCCGAGACCAGCCAUCCGCAGAUGGCGGGCGCUAAAGGCUCGUCUUGUGCUAUUCCCGGUUGCGAUGUGAAGGUGAUGAGUGAUGGGAGAGGUCAAGAUCUUCUCCCUUGCGAGUGUGAUUUCAAAAUCUGUAGGGAUUGCUUUGUGGACGCUGUGAAAGCGGGCGGCGGGAUGUGUCCAGGGUGUAAGGAGCCUUACAGGAACACUGAUCUUACGGAUUUGGCUGAGGAUGGGCAGCAGAAGCAGCAAAGGCCUAUGCUUCCGCCGCCGUCUGGUGGGUCGAAGAUGGAGAGGAGACUGUCGUUGAUGAAGUCGACUAAGUCUGGUUUGAUGAGGAGUCAAACUGGGGAUUUUGAUCAUAACAGGUGGUUGUUUGAGACGAGUGGGACUUAUGGUUACGGUAAUGCUUUUUGGACGAAAGAUGGGAACUUAGGUAGUGAGAAGGAUGGUCACGGUAUGGGGCCACAGGAUCUGAUGAGCAGACCGUGGAGACCGCUUACUCGGAAGCUCCAGAUUCCUGCAGCUGUUAUUAGUCCUUACAGGCUUUUGAUAUUUAUUCGAAUAGUUGUUCUUGCACUGUUCUUGAUGUGGAGGAUUAAGCACCAAAACCCAGAUGCAGUAUGGCUAUGGGGAAUGUCUGUGGUUUGUGAGCUUUGGUUCGCCUUUUCUUGGCUUCUUGAUCAGCUUCCAAAGCUGUGUCCCAUCAACCGAGCUACUGAUCUCAAUGUUCUCAAAGAGAAAUUCGAAACACCUACACCAAGCAACCCGACCGGGAAGUCUGAUCUCCCUGGACUAGAUAUGUUUGUGUCAACGGCAGAUCCGGACAAAGAGCCACCUCUUGUCACUUCCAACACCAUUUUAUCCAUCCUCGCAGCUGACUACCCUGUGGAAAAGCUUGCUUGCUACGUUUCAGACGAUGGAGGAGCGCUUCUGACGUUUGAAGCCAUGGCCGAAGCAGCGAGUUUUGCAAACAUAUGGGUUCCUUUCUGUCGUAAACACAAUAUAGAACCGAGGAAUCCGGAUUCGUAUUUUAGUCUGAAGAGAGAUCCUUACAAGAACAAGGUGAAGGCUGACUUCGUUAAGGAUAGGAGGAAGGUGAAGCGCGAGUAUGAUGAGUAUAAGGUUCGGAUCAACGGCUUGCCUGACUCUAUCAGGCGACGUUCUGAUGCUUAUCACGCGAGGGAAGAGAUUAAGGCAAUGAAGCAGCAGAGACAGAACAAAGAGGAUGAGAUUGUAGAGCCUGUCAAGAUUCCUAAAGCUACUUGGAUGGCUGAUGGUACUCAUUGGCCUGGAACUUGGUUAAACUCUGCUCCUGAUCAUUCCCGUAGUGACCAUGCUGGUAUCAUUCAGGUGAUGUUGAAGCCUCCUAGUGAUGAGCCAUUACAUGGAGUAUCCGAAGGUUUCUUAGAUCUUACAGAUGUGGACAUUCGCCUCCCUCUUCUAGUCUACGUCUCCCGUGAGAAACGACCAGGUUAUGACCACAACAAGAAAGCAGGAGCAAUGAACGCUCUCGUCCGAGCUUCCGCAAUCAUGUCCAACGGUCCGUUCAUAUUAAAUCUCGACUGUGAUCAUUACAUAUACAACUCUCAAGCUUUAAGAGAAGGAAUGUGUUUCAUGAUGGACCGUGGCGGCGACCGGCUUUGCUACGUUCAGUUCCCGCAAAGGUUCGAAGGCAUUGACCCAUCUGAUCGUUACGCGAAUCACAACACUGUCUUCUUCGAUGUCAACAUGAGAGCUCUCGAUGGUUUGAUGGGUCCUGUCUACGUCGGAACGGGUUGUCUCUUCAGAAGAAUCGCCUUGUACGGGUUUGACCCGCCUCGGUCUAAAGAGCACCAUCCUGGAUGCUGUAGUUGCUGCUUCCCUCGCAAGAAGAAGAAGAAGAUCCCUGAAGAGAACAGGUCUUUGAGAAUGGGUGGUGACUCUGAUGAUGAUGAAGAGAUGAAUCUUUCCUUGGUCCCCAAGAAGUUCGGAAACUCCACGUUCCUUAUAGAUUCGAUCCCUGUAGCUGAGUUCCAAGGCCGUCCUCUCGCUGAUCACCCCGCCGUGCAGAACGGGAGACCCCCGGGAGCUCUCACCAUCCCUCGUGAGCUUCUCGAUGCGUCGACGGUGGCAGAAGCUAUAGCAGUCAUCUCAUGUUGGUACGAGGAUAAAACCGAGUGGGGGACUAGGAUCGGUUGGAUCUACGGAUCCGUCACUGAGGACGUUGUCACUGGUUAUAGAAUGCAUAACCGUGGCUGGAAGUCAGUUUACUGUGUGACGAAACGUGACGCUUUCCGCGGCACGGCUCCUAUCAACUUGACGGAUAGGCUCCACCAGGUUCUCCGCUGGGCUACUGGCUCAGUGGAGAUCUUCUUCUCGAGAAACAAUGCCUUCUUGGCUAGCCCGAGGAUGAAGAUCCUCCAGAGAAUUGCUUACCUUAACGUUGGAAUCUAUCCUUUUACUUCGAUCUUCCUCAUCGUCUACUGCUUCCUCCCCGCACUCUCGCUCUUCUCAGGGCAGUUCAUAGUCCAAACGCUCAACGUCACGUUCCUCAUCUACCUUCUGAUAAUCUCGAUUACUCUCUGCCUGCUCGCUCUCCUCGAGAUCAAAUGGUCAGGAAUCUCCCUCGAGGAGUGGUGGAGGAACGAGCAGUUCUGGCUCAUCGGUGGGACGAGCGCUCAUUUAGCCGCGGUCAUCCAAGGGCUGCUCAAAGUGGUGGCUGGAAUCGAAAUCUCGUUCACGUUGACGUCUAAGUCCGGAGGAGACGACGUGGACGACGAGUUUGCGGAUCUCUACAUAGUGAAAUGGACGUCUCUGAUGAUCCCACCGAUCACCAUCAUGAUGGUGAAUUUGAUAGCUAUUGCGGUUGGGUUUAGCAGGACGAUAUAUAGUGUGAUUCCGCAGUGGAGUAAGUUGAUAGGAGGAGUGUUUUUCAGUUUUUGGGUGUUGGCUCAUCUUUAUCCGUUUGCUAAAGGGCUUAUGGGAAGAAGAGGGAAGACUCCGACCAUUGUUUAUGUUUGGUCGGGGCUUAUUGCUAUCACCAUAUCUCUGCUUUGGGUGGCUGUUAAUCCACCUGCUGGCUCUACUCAAAUUGGAGGAUCUUUCACUUUCCCAUGAGUAAUAAUAGGUUUGGUUUCUCUAUUCAGUUCUUUCUACAUCAAAACUCAAAGUCUCUUUACAUUUCUUCUGUCCAAAGAUGAGAGUCUUGCAAGAGACUGAUAGCUUUUAAAAGCUGGAGGCAAUAGAUUGGCCAAGAGCACACAGUAUAGUUUGAGCCAAACAAACAUAGAGCAAGUCAAAACAACUUCUCUCAUUGUCUUUUGACAUUUUCUCUUCUCUCUUUGAUUUUUGUUGGAAAGGACAAUUUUCUUCUUUUUUUUUAAUUUGUCUUUCUAUAUUUUGUAAUCUUUGAUCUGUAUUGAUGAAUUUAUUUACGCUGGCUACUGUUAAUCUAUUAUAUGCAGUUUUUUCUUAAA